CUUUUCUUAAGCCCAGGAAACGGACUUUGAGUGUGGAGCGAUGGCGUGUUAUCUGAAGUGAAGAUUGAAGACGUGAUAGAAGAUGGACGACUACUGCUAUGCUAAGAUGGCGACGUCCGCUAAAAGAGAAGAUGAAAGAGAAUCAGCGCCACCAACGGAGAACAAUCUGAAAAGCGAAGAUGAAGAUGUCCAGCAGCUGAUUGGUAAUCCAGAAGAAGUUUCCCCUCAGUUAGGGGGGAGCUCCACUUUGAAGCAGGAGACUCCACAACCACCCUGCAUUAAAAAGGAAGAGGAGGAACUCUGCAUCACUCAGGAGGGAGAGUGUCUUCUAGGACGAGAGGAAGCUGAUUACACCAAGUUUCCACUGAGUAUUCUCUCUGUGAAGACUGAAGAUGAUGAAGAGAAACCACAAGUAGACAACCUCUUAGCUCCACUAUCAGAUAGUGAGGCUGAAGACGAGGUUGACGAACCUUUGAGCAGCGAUAAAUACUGUGAAGGUGAUAUGAGGACUCACACUGACAACAAACACUCUGAACGCUCCACAAAGAAGAGAGGUAAAACAUGUUUGACCUGCUCGGUUUGUGCUAAAAGUUUUACUAAAAAGUGCCACUUGACUCGACACUUGAGAACACACACAGGUGAAAAACCAUUUAAUUGUUCAGUUUGUGGCAAAAGCUAUUCUCAAAAUUCUGUUUUGACUGAACACAUGCGAACACACACAGGUGAAAAACCAUUUAGUUGUUCAGUUUGUGGUCAAAGUUUUACUACAAAGAGCCGUUUGACUACACACGUGAGUACACACACAGGUGAAAGACCAUUUAAGUGUUCAGUUUGUGGCAACAGCUUUUCUCAAAAUAGCUAUUUGACCCAACAUAUGAGAACGCACAAACUUGAAAAACCAUUUAGUUGUUCAGCCUGUGGCAAAAGCUUUUCUCGAAAUAGCUAUUUGACUGAACACAUGAGAACACACACAGGUGAAAAACCCUUUAAGUGUUCAGUUUGUGGCAACAGCUUUUCUCAAAAAAGCCAUUUGACUCAACACAUGAGAACACACACAGGUGAAAAACCAUUUAAUUGUUCAGUUUGUGGCAAAAGCUGUUCUCUUAAGAGAUAUUUGACUGAACACAUGAGAACACACACAGGUGAAAAACCAUUUAAGUGUUCAGUUUGUGGCAACAGAUUUUCUCAAAAAAGCCAUUUCACUCAACACAUGAGAACACACACAGGUGUAAAAACAUGUAAUUGUUCAGUUUGUGGCAAAAACUUUUCUCAAAAUUGCUCUUUGACUCAACACAUGAGAACACACACAGGUGAAAAGCCAUUUAAUUGUUCAGUUUGUGGCAACAGCUUUUCUCAAAAUUGUCAUUUGACAAAACACAUGAGAACACACACAGGUGAAAAACCAUUUAGUUGUUCAGUUUGUGGCAAAAGCUCGUCUGUUAAGAGCAGACUGAUUAAACACAUGAGAACACACAGAUGAAAAAAUAUAUAAGUGUUCAGUUUGUGGUAAAAGCUUUCCUCAAAACAGCUCUUUGUGUCAACACAUGAGAACACACACUGGAGAAAUAAACAUUUAGUUGUUCAAUGUGCUGGAAAAGGUUCUAACAUAAAGCAGACGCAGUAAAACACUUAAAGGGGAACAUUAUCACCAGACCUAUGUAUGCGUCAAUAUAUACCUUGAUGUUGCAGAAAAAAGACCAUAUAUUUUUUUAACCGAUUUCCGAACUCUAAAUGGGUGAAUUUUGGCGAAUUAAACGCCUUUCUUUUAUUCGCUCUCGGAGCGAUGACGUCACAACGUGACGUCACAUCGGGAAGCAAUCCACCAUUUUCUCACUUUCGUCGGUGUGUUGUCGGAGGGUGUAACAACACGAACAGGGACAAAUUCAAGUUGCACCAGUGGCCCAAAGAUGCGAAAGUAGCAAGAAAUUGGACGAAAUUUGUUCAAAAUACAAGGGUGUGGGGAAAGCCGACGAAAUGGUCAGUCGUUUGUUCCGCACACUUUACCGACGAAAGCUAUGCUACGACAGAGAUGGCAAGAAUGUGUGGAUAUCCUGCGACACUCAAAGCAGAUGCUGACAUCAACUCCAAUCAUUCGAGUACAUUCGGGUAGUCUUGUGUAAUGCAGUAUUUUGUGUCUAUUUAGGUAUGGUUAACCUGAGUGUUGAAAUCGUGGAAAAAUAUAUGUUCUUAGCGUGCCUGAAAUGGGCUGUCUGCACUCUCAAAGUGCAUGUUGUUGCCAAAUGUAUUUCAUAUGCUGUAAACCUAGUUCAUAGUUGUUAGUUUCCUUUAAUGCCAAACAAACACAUACCAA